AUGUCCCGCAGUAUCCGUGAUCUUCGUGAAUUAAUUUGUCUAUCUCGUUUUGGCUUUCGUUCUGACGAAAAUGAUUUAGAUAAUAAUCAUGAUAACAACACAACCACUACCAAUACUAAUCAAUCGAAUAAUAGCAUACUUUUUUAUUUUGAUUCAUCAAUUCUUAACAAUUGGCUCGAAAUAACAUCAUCGCGUCUAGAAAAAUUACGUUCAUUACCAACAAUUACAUUGAUUAAUUUUAUUUAUUUUUGGUUAAAACAACUUGAGAAUGAACAUAAACAAUCAUUAUUUCAAAUGGAAUUUGAAUUAUUUGUUGAACAUUUACUUCUGGCAUUUACACCCAAUGAUAUUGAUUCACUAGAAAUAAAUCAAUUUGCUCGAAAUAUUUUGCAUGAUAUCGACAAACAAAUUGGGAUGUAUUCAAUUGAAAAUGAUUAUAAUUUUAUUUAUCAUAUUGAUAUUUUUAAUCGUUACAAACGUGAUGAUCAAUAUCGAACAUUAUUAGCUGAUUUACCAAAUGAAUUAAUAACUAAUAUAAAUAAUAAUUUACAUUUACAAUGGAUGUUAGCUAUUCGUGCAUUUGGGCUUCUAGCUAUAUGUACAGCAGCUGUUGAAUUUUUUGAGAAAAUUCAAAAGACGCUCGAAAAGAAUCCAACAGCAGGUGAAUUAUAUUCAUCUCAAAUAAAUGAUGGACCAUUAUUCAAUAAUCAAUCCGAUCAAUGUAAAAAUCGAAUUUUAACUGCAUUAAGAAAGGAUUGCAUCGAUGUCAUUGAAUAUUUUAUUAAAACAAACCAAUUAACUGGCGAGCCAAUUGAUGAACAAAAUCGAAACAUUUUAUUUCAUGCACUACCUAUCGGCAAUAUUUCUAUGAUUGAACAUUUAUUAAAAUCAAACUUAAAAGGCUUCGAUAUCAAUUCUGUCACUCAAUCUGGAAAUAGUCUUCUUCAUUUAUCUAUCAGUCUUCAACGUCUUGAUAUAAUGGAAUUGUUAAUAAAAUAUUAUCCAAAUAUAGAUUUAAAUCAACGUAAUCAACAAGAUGCUGCACCUAUUCAUCUUGGUAUAAUUUACAAUGAUCUUGAUAUAAUUCGUUCUCUUGUUCGAUCAGGUGUCAAUACUAAAUUGACUAUGAAAACAAAAACAUGUUUACAACUUUCAAUUGAAUUCAAUCAUGAACGUUUAAUUGAAUUUUUUUCUGAACCUGUUUAA